UCCUCUUUUCAUCAGUACCUCAACAUGCAGAAAAAAGACGCCUCCUUACAUGGUUUCCUGCCUAACUUCCAACAUUUCGCCACGCAAGCCAUCCAUGUGGGCCAGGAACCGGAGCAAUGGAACUCUCGGGCUGUGGUGCCCCCUAUCUCACUGUCCACCACGUUCAAGCAGGGAGCGCCCGGCCAGCACUCGGGUUUUGAAUAUAGCCGGUCUGGAAAUCCCACCAGAAAUUGCUUGGAAAAAGCAGUGGCAGCAUUGGAUGGGGCUAAAUACUGUUUGGCCUUUGCUUCAGGUUUAGCAGCUACCAUGACUAUCACUCAUCUUUUAAAAGCAGGAGACCAAAUUAUUUGUAUGGAUGAUGUAUAUGGAGGUACCAACAGAUACUUCAGGAAGGUGGCAAAUGAAUUUGGAUUGAAGAUUUCUUUUGUUGAUUGUUCCAAAACCAAAUUGCUAGAGGCAGCAAUUACACCUGAAACCAAGCUUGUUUGGAUUGAAACCCCCACAAACCCGAACUUGAAGAUGAUUGAUAUCGAAGCCUGUGCACACACCAUCCAUAAACAUGGAGAUAUUAUUAUGGUCGUGGAUAACACUUUUAUGUCAGCAUACUUCCAACGGCCUUUGUCUUUGGGAGCUGAUAUUUGCAUGUAUUCAGCAACAAAAUAUAUGAACGGCCACAGUGAUGUUGUAAUGGGCUUAGUGUCUGUUAAUUCUGAGAAUCUUCAUAAUAGGCUCCGUUUCUUGCAAAACUCUAUCGGAGCAGUUCCAUCUCCUCUUGACUGUUACCUCUGCAAUCGAGGUCUAAAGACUCUACAAGUUCGAAUGGAAAAGCAUUUUGAAAAUGGAAUGGCAGUUGCUCAGUUUCUGGAAUCUAAUCCCCUGGUAGAAAAGGUUAUUUAUCCUGGACUACCAUCUCACCCGCAGCAUGAGCUGGCGAAGCGUCAGUGCACAGGCUGUCCAGGGAUGAUCACCUUCUUUAUUAAGGGCAGUCUUCAGCAUGCUGAGACUUUCCUCAAGAACUUAAAGCUUUUUACGCUGGCUGAGAGCUUGGGAGGAUAUGAAAGUCUUGCUGAACUUCCGGCAAUCAUGACCCAUGCAUCUGUGCCAAAGAGUGACAGAGAUGCUCUUGGAAUUAGUGACACAUUAAUUCGACUCUCUGUGGGCCUAGAGGACAAAAAGGACCUGAUGGAGGAUCUAGAUCAAGCUUUGAAGAUGGCAGUAAGUUAUAUUAUUAUUAUUAUUUUUCUGCUACUGGGACGAGACCUACUAGGGAAGUUACAGGCCACCAUUUCAUUUUCCGAUGAAGGUCAAUUGGAUUUAUGCUUGCCUCGACCAAGGAUGAUCCUGACCCUUACCAUGUCUCGUGAGGAAGAAUGGAGGCUCUUUUUUAGAAAGUCUGGGGAGAUUUUGAAUCCAGAACUCUUCCGGAAAUGGCCAGGAGUCUGGGCUGAAGAUAACCCGCCCGGACUGGCAAUUAACCAGGCCCCGGUGUGGAUUGAGUUAAAACCUGGGGUCCAGCCAGCCACCUGGCAAAAACCAACAAAGAACACCCAGGUGCUUCUUAAGAAAGGAGUAGCCGCGUCUAGGUGCCAAAGCUUUCAGUGUAACCCCUUAGAAUUAACCAUCACUCAGCCCCCAAAUCCGCAGUGGCAAAAAGGAGUACAAGUGUUUCUAGGGACUGAUGGGAAGGGACUGAAUCCCAGCACUUUCAUUUUCAUUAAGGGGCAGGUCCAGAGUCGUCUGGAGAGUUUUCCUGGUGUUUCCUUCGUUCUAUGA